AAUAAGGUGUAUUAGUUGCUCCGAGCUGACUGCUUCCAUGACUACAAAAACGCAUACGUAAGCCGUGUCCGGAACAAGGUUUUUUGGUCUACUUCUACGGCUGUUUGCCUUUACACAUUAAUAGGAUGACCACAAACAAAGUCAUAGCCAAUUCGAAUUCAGACACGAACAAAGUCUCUUAUCCCAAGCGCGAUUUGACUGAAUCAGCUUGUCACUGCCACCGGCAAAUAGAGCCUAACUUUACCGUGGCCUGGUCUUAAGCGCUUGUGUGAAAUUGAACAAGUGACAGCGCUCGUGUACUGGGAUCGGUCUUCGGAAAUAUUUUAGAGGCAAAAUUGGCCCAAAAUGGCAAAUCGAGUGCACGUUCGUUCGGGCAGUGCUGGUCCCGACAACAGAGCUUUUCGUGAAGCCAUCGCAAACAUGAGGCUGGAGGUGUUAGAGACCAAGGCAGAGACCCAGCGAGUCCGAGAUCAGCUCAACUGCCUCAUCAUGCUGGUUAAGAGGGCGUGGAUGGGGGACCAGGCGGCAGCGAUUCAUGUGGCCAACAUUGUUGGUGCAGCUCCUCCCAAGUUUUUCAGAGACGAAGAAACAGAGGAGGUUAACGCAGUAAGCAAGACCCGAGUGCUCCACCACUGGGCCCUGCUGUCCAUCGGCCUGCUAAGCCGCCACUUCCAACAGCUAGAGACCCAAGCCCUGUCCCGGGCCAAGCAGAGGCUCCAGCAGCGGCAGGAUUUUCUGGACCAGGAGCUGGCCAAGCACAGGGAGCUCUUGAAGGCAGCCAGUGGCAGGGGAUUGGCCACUGUUAAGAGGAGGGGCAACCCUUACCUGGAGACUCAGCAGGGUCAGAAGCCUCACAACACUUGGAACUCCCGGCCCAAGUCCUCCAAACCUGGUCACCUGGCCCAACCCGAGUCUGACCAUUCCAAGCAGUACCGCCCCACUGCCAAGGAGCUGGCUACGCCCACCAGUAUGAUGCAGCACCUGGCCAACGUAGCCCAGGCAGAGAGAGAGCAGGAUUUGUUCAGUGCAAGCCAUGUGGUACCAGAUCGGAGUAAGGCCCAGCGUCCAAGCAGUGGGAAGCAGAAACUUCUGGACAGCCGCAGAGCGAAGCCGAAAAGUGCUGUCGUAGCCACAACUAAAGGGGAACGACCGUUAAAAUAUGAAACCACCCGUCCUGUAUCGGGCAAGCCCUCUGCUAGUUCCUCCAAAGCCCGGGCCAAAUCUGCCAAAGCUUCCUCCAACCGCAUCUUUGAGAUGACGGAGGGGGAUCUGUCCUUGUCGAAACCGAAUCACCUGUCAGAUGAGCAUUCGGCGCGGAAUGGGGAGGACCUCUCGCUCUUCGACGAGGAUGAAAGGCCACCGGUACGGACAAACGGUGGCCAUGCCCGGUACGAGGACACGGUCAGUGAGGGGCNGCAUGGAGGAAGACUUUCGCAAGACAGCCAAGAUGUUGCAAGAGAAGCUGGGGAUCAGCGGAGACGGUGUAAUCUGAUUGAGGGCUUUGUCCCAGUGGACCUCCUCAUUAACCAACUACGAGUUUGA